AUGGACAAUGCUACGUGCCACGUCGUCUACGUGAACCGCCAGGUUCGCCAUGACAGGCUCAUCCGACACGCCGCGAGGGACAUCCACCUAUCCAACGGGAGCGCAACCGAUAUGGAGGAGAAUGACAGUAUUCGGAAAGACGCCACGCUGCUGCUGGAAACCUUUGGAGAAGUCUAUCUGUGUUCCACAGGCUCGGCAUGCAUCUCUACGCUUUUCCAGCUUUCGGACGAUGCCAUGAUGGAUUUGACGCCAACCCUUGUUCUUAUUGACGUUCCCCACGACGAGAGGCUGCCCAAGAUCCGCUCAAGGUCUAGAUCGCCUUCGCCGCAUUCUCGCCCAGCUACUGCCGAAAUCGAUAUCCACACCCCAGAAGAGGAGGUAUACGGGCUCAAACUGCUGCAGCGCAUAAUGACCGAGGCGCAUCUUCGUAGUCUGUCGAGGCUGAUCGUCCCGAUCCCUAUAAUCAGCUUUUCCACCUCGGAAGACGAUGUCUCGGCCAUCAAUGACGAGAAGCCUAAAUCCUCGUCGGCAGUUAAUCGCCGCUUGAUCAUUCGCUGUCUCGACCUCGGCGCUGUCGACGUCAUCAUCAGUCCCGUACAUCUGAAGUGCAUCACCAGCCUGGAGAUACAUGCUUAUCGGGCGCAUAAGGAAGCUGCCAGAGAGCAGCAGGAAAUGCUCGAGGUACGCCGAGGACGAAAGCGCUCAUGGGUCGGAGUGAACGAGGAGAAGCCCUUCUCCUACCUUAGGGAAGCCAUGGUCUCCGGACUCAUGAGGGGCAUUUGCCGGUCCGGCGCCGAUUCGGAUGAUGAUCGGAUUGCGAAUGUAAGCAUAUCCGUCUCCACCGAUCGUCGGGCUGCUGUCGCUGCGGCCGUCGGCCAAUGGCAUUUUUGCGCCCACAGCUUCACGGACGAUGAGCUUCUUGUGGCAGCUAUGGUCAUGUUCAAGCAUGCGUUGACUAUGCCGGAAUUGGAUCGCUGGCGGAUACCGACAGAUCAGCUCAUCAGCUUUCUGGUUGCCUGCCGGGCUGCUUACAAUAACUUUGUUCCAUAUCACAACUUUCGGCACGUUAUCGACGUCCUGCAGGCUACCUUUCACUUCUUGGUCCGCAUCGGCACCCUCGCACCCUACCCUGUCGAUCCUUCGGCAGAAGCAGACACGACAGAGAAGUCACCAAUGGCCAGCAUACUGCAUCCCUUUGAGGGUUUGACGCUCUUGAUCACGGCAAUAGGGCAUGACGUCGGCCACCCUGGUGUAAACAACGGGUUUCUAGUCACCCUCAACGCCCCUCUCGCACAGUUGUACAACGAUCGCUCGGUGCUUGAGUCGUUCCACUGCGCUGCUUACUCACAGAUCCUCCGAAGAUAUUGGCCGAGUGCGUUCGAGGACACGAAGAUGAGGCACCUGCUGAUCAGCUCCAUCCUUGCUACCGAUAUGGGCAUGCACUUCGAUUACAUGAAGAGGCUCGGAGACACCCAGGAAAAACUGGCUACCAGCAACUCGACCGACGGCUGGAACGGGCGCAUGCUGGAGGAGCAGAAGGCACUGGCAUGUUCAUUACUGAUCAAGUGUGCAGACAUCAGCAAUGUGGCAAGGAAAUAUGAAACCGCACUGAAAUGGAUGCACAUUCUCUCGGACGAGUUUUCUCGCCAGGCUUCCAUGGAGAGCGAGCUGGACAUCGCGUCGUCACUACUCUCGCCUCCCAAGAAGGAUACAAUGUCGCUUUCCAAGGCGCAGCUCAGCUUCAUGAACAUGUUUGCUAUCCCCCUCUUCCAAGGUGUCGCCGACAUCCUCCCGGCAAUGAAGUACACGGUCGAUGAGCUCGAGAUCAAUAAGGGUCUCUUCGAGCGACGCAUCCGAGACGAGCAGGCAAAGGAGGAUCCCAUUCGCAAGAGGCUUCUCCGUGAUGGAACAUUCUCCCCGCGGACUAUGAGUUUUGCUUCGGGGCCAGAGAGCAACAGAGAAUCCAUAACCCCUCGCGUAACGACACCGCUGGCGGAGAUCACCACCACACCUCCGCCGGCGGACGAGUCACAGCGAGCAACCCAUGAGCUUACACCGGAGCUAGCGAGUUCGGUGAACACGUCUUCUCACGCAUCAGACACUCCGGAGGACUUCAAGGAGGUUAAUGGGAUUUUGACAUCCUUCGAUUCAGUGGCGGAUUUUGCAGCAAGUGACCCUUUCCACUGCCGGGACAGGGCGAGCAGCUCCCCCGAUCAUCACCACGGCCACAAUGGAAAGCAACGAUGCAGCGAGACAACGGACGGAAGCAUGACAGGGCCAUACACUGGAGACUGGGCUUCGCAGGCAACAAGUGCUACCACCGGCAAAAUGCCUCUGUCCCCGAGCACUCAAGGCACUAGCAUUGUCAGCAGAGAAUCCACGGAGCAUUUGCCGGGCGUACCUACGAUUUCGGAACCGAAGCCGUUUGCCGAAUCCAAGCCGGAGCCUGUGUUUUUGGACCACGAAUCCAAUGGCUCUCAUGUAUCACAGGGGGCUUGCGGCAAAGAGGAGGGCGGCAAGUUGGUGAAGAAGAAGUCGAGCAGAUUCCGCAUGAACGCCUUACAGUUUUUCCGGCGAAACAGAGCGCCUAGCCCCUCAAUGCCAGCAGCCGACACAGCUGGCUGA